AUUGUACUUUCCAAGUGCUUAGUACAGUGCUCUGCACACAGGUCACAUCGUGAGAUCCGGGACAGUGUCCUGAAGGACCACAGUGGAGGUCACCUGCCCAGAGAGCCCCAGAGACUCUGAGAUGGAGAGCGAGGAGGAGGGGCGUCCCGUCAUUUCCGAUAGAUCUGCCGAGAUGGCCGGGCCUAUAACCGAGAUGCAGGAGAUCCGGGCGCAGAGCAGCAGUGGACCAUCUGGUCCUGAAUCUUCUUUGGAGGCAAGGCAGUCCCCUCCCAACGCCUCCCUGAGCACCCCUGAGAUGGGGGAGCCGCCCACAGGCAUGGAGAACCAAGAUGAAGGGUCCAAGCUAUGGGAUUUGGCAUGGCUCGAGGAGAAACUGAGUCGAAAAUGGAUCUGCUUCCUGAGGGGCGAAGAAGGCUGCCCUCCGCACCAUCAGCCAAGGUCUCGGACUCCAGCAGAAAUCCCUGAGCUUUCGGAAGAACUGGAUGUUCUGCAGUCUUUUUGCAGCUUGAAGAUAAGCCAGAUCCAACGCCAGCAGGCCCACAGCCGCGGACCUAAAAACCCAGCACUUUCCUUCGAUUCCAGGAAGGCUGUGACAGAGCAGUUGAACCACGACAUUCCUGAUCAGCUGGUGAGCAGACUCCGUCUGAAAAACAUCCUAGAGACAGUGCAACAGGUGGCAGCUGUUCAACUGCACCAGCCCGCCCAGUGUCCCGACUGCAACAAGCAAAGAGCCCAGAUGGGCCAGGUGACCUUCCUUAGGCGAAAGAAGACCCUCCUGGAAUCAGUUCUACUCCAAGAAAAAAUGGAAGAACAGCUUUAUACCAAAGAUGUGAUCACCCGCCUGGGAGAGGUGCAUCAGAGCCUCCCCAGCCUUUGGGCGGGCCCACGGUGGGUCUGGACAGAGCUGAACGCCAAGGCUCAGGCCCAGUGGUCUCAGAUCCCGACGAGCCCGAAGCCGAGAGGGUUGUCGGCGGAAGAUCCAGUCACCUCCCCUGCUGCUCCGCCAGCUCCUCUCCCCCGCUGAAGAGGAUGCGAUCUGGAGGUCUCAGGGGCCGGGAUCAGCAGUGUGCAACUCUGCGGUCAGAUCGGUAAAGCCCCUCUCGCAUCCCUACCGACCGGAAAGACACUCACUUCACAAUCCCAGCUGGAGAAAUGCUUCCGGAGGCACAGCUCUCAAGCCGCCUCAUCUAAUACAUUGUUCAUGCGGUA